AUGGCAGACUGGUCAGGUUACUCAUAACCUCAUGCAAUGGACAUGGAUGCUAAUCAAAAUAUAGUAAUUUUAUUUUAUUAGUUUCAAAUUUAGGUAAUUGGAGGAGUUAGAUAAUUCUAUACAUUAAAUAAUAAAUUUUCAGGGGACGAUGCCGUCUACUUUCAAUACUACGGAUCAUUAGGGUAGAAAUGGCUGAAAUAUUAUCCAGAUAAUAAUUGCAAGACUGUCUAAACAAUAUAAUUUGCUUAAAGUGAUGGGCAAGCUUAGAGAUUGAGUAUUGUUUAAGCAUUAUGGUCUUAAAAAUAUGAAGGUAACACUGUAUAAGAACUGUAUACUACUAUUUUUGUGAAUGAAUCAAGUUAGAAGCUUUAUGUUGGAUUUGUGCAAAAGUAUAAUUAAGAUGCAUUCACAAACGUUGCAAAAAUCGGUGUGAUAAGGGUAAAUUCAUCAAAUGGACAAUAAGAUUGGUCAUAUGGCUUUCAGUACAAUAGGGUUACUGUCUAAGAUUAGUAUAUAUAAAUAUAAGAUAUUAAAGUCAAGACUAUCGACUCUAAGGAUUACAUUGGUGUGUGUUCAAACACUAUUUAUGGUAACUUCGAUUUUUGGGAAACAAGAGUUGUAUUUUCUUUGCUUAUUACUGAUGAUACUACAUAAACUAAGGAAAUGAGAUCUUUUGAAUACCCUGAAUAUCUAAGAGGAAGAGAUUUUAAGAUAGUUUCGCCAACAGAAUUUUAUGUUAUUGUCAUUUCAUCACUUCCAAAUGAUAUUGGAGAUCCUCUUUAUAUUUUUAGAAUAAGUGACAUCAAAUCAAACGGUGCAACAAUAACCAAAACAAAGAUUAUAUUUAUGCAUACUUUUACCUUAACUGAUGCUUUAUUUCUUGAUAAUUACAAAGCAAUAUACUUGGCCUCAGCAUACAACUAUAAGCUAAUCUUGUUAAAUAAAUAUUACACUUAACUUCUCAAUUCAAAUGAUUACUAAAGAUCAUGUGCUGAAAAUAAUACAGCCGACGAAGUAACUACUGAAUUCAAGUAAUUCUCAACUCUAUAUUAGUAUGCAAGUUUCACAAAUAACUUGACACAAGGAAAUCUUAAAUUCAUCUUAAAUGGAACUCUUAAAAUGGUCGAUAUGAAUAUAGAGACAUAUUACGUGCCAUAUGGAAAAUUUUGUGUUCCUAAAGUUAGUAUUAUUGCCACAUAGCCAACAGUAACUCAUUAUGUCUAGUAGGGACCAUUUAAGUUAGAUUUAAACUAAUACAUUUCAGGAGAUGAUAUAUGCGAAGACAAAAGAAGAAACUUUUCAAAAGGAGGAUAUUUCGGUAUUAGCCCAUUCUCUAUAUUUAAUAAUACUGCAAUUGUAUUGUCUUCAUAACAAAUGACUGGAUUUGUUAAAGAGCCGCUAGUGGUUAAUGUUGAAUAUCCAGAUUCAUAGAAGUUAUAGUUUACUGUUUAUGUAGAUUUAAAGAAUUGCUAUCAAUGGUAAUAUGUAUCGAAGUUCUUUUUUUACAAGAUAGGUGCAGAUACCUUAGUUCUUGAUCUAUUAGAGUUCUAUACUUCUAAAGAUGUAAACUGA